UAACGUGUGUGCUCACUUUUGUAAAAUCGAUUUCACUUCCGAUAAAGCGCAAUCAGCUUCUUCGCUUCACUGUAGAAUAGCCUCAUUGAUGCCCCCUGUAGCCGUUGUUUGUAAAACCCCGUCUGUCGGUUUCCCGCAUAUAGCUAAUUUUCCUCAUAGGUUUUUUAAACAGUCUGUUAUUUUCUAUAUAUGGUGUUCCCUCAUCCACCACAAUGGAAAGCAAUAAGUAGUUCAGACCAGGGUGGAUACUGCUUUAACUACUAACUUAACUUCUCAACAACCGGCAGGAAAUAUAAUGCAUCUCGUCGACUAGGUGGUGAGCACAUCCAACACUUCUAUUGUUUGCCACCAACGUUACAUCCAACUCGACCCUAACUUAAUGAAUCUCCUGCACACGGGAUGAUGAAAUCUGAACCUUUAAAUAUGAAACUGAGAAAAAUAUAGCCAGAGAUGCGAGUUUGGCUCAGGUAUGAACCAACGUCUAUCAGAGCCGCCUCAGACUUCCGAGUUUGGAAACGAAACCAGGAUGCCAGACUUCUUACGCGCUCAAAUCAGGACAUUUUAAGUUACAGUCGUCGUUUGGAGGGAAGAUUUCCUGACAGUCUGAUUCAGCAUGUCAGCCAUAGACACGGUGAGACGUAAUAAAACAGUCAUUCAGGAGAUUUUGUGCGGAGACCGCAGGCUAAUCCUCAACAAAGUUCAUGAAAGAAGCCUGAUAACAAAACGUGAGUACAACAACCUUAAAAGUAUCAACAAAGAAGAUGAAGAGGGGCACGUCGUUGAGCUUGUGGAUAAGAUAAUGAAUAAAGGAGAGGACACGUGCCAAGGCUUCCUGGACCUCCUUCAAACUGAUAAGGACAUUAAAUCAACUUACCCAGAGCUGAAGAAAAUACAUUUGAAGGCCCCCUGCCUUUUAUCAAAACCUAUCCAAGCUUGUUCAAGUGAAAUCAACAACGAUGAGAGCCAGAGAGGAAAGGAGGACAAUCAGUAUCAGUUGAACAGCAAGCCUACCGGCCUCUGUGUGAUCAUAAACAAUGAGAAUUUCACACAAAGCACAACGAGAAGUGGAACCGACAAAGAUGCUCAAAGUUUGGCAGAGGUGUUCAGUUGGCUGGGGUUCAGAGUGCUGAUGUGUGAAGACCUAACCAAGGACCAGAUGGAUCGGGCACUGAAAUGCUUUGCUUCUCUGAGCAGCCUCUCACAGCUACAGGAGUUCAGUGUUAAGGAGUGGAACAGUAUCGGAUUCACUGAUCUUCAGGCGGCUCCUAAGCAUGGCGAUGCCUUUAUCUGCUGUAUUCUGAGUCACGGAGAAAAGGGUGCAGUCUUGGGCUGUGAUGGGCAGGCCCUCUCCAUUAAACAAAUAACCCGAACUUUCAAAGCAUCUGACCAGUCAACCCUCACCGGCAAGCCAAAAGUGUUCCUUAUCCAGGCCUGCCAAGGAAGCCAGCAACAGGCUGGAGUGUUAUUCAAAGACCUACAGGCUGAUGAUAAUUCACUGUCCAUCCCUGAGGAAGCUGAUGUUCUGGUUGCCAUUGCCACUGUUGAAGACAGCGUAUCAUUUAGAAACACAAAACAUGGAAGCUGGUUUAUCCAGUCUGUGUGUCAGCAGCUAAAGGAGGGCUGUCUGAGGGGUGAAGACAUCACCACCAUCCUCCCCCGCGUGAAUAAUGAAGUAGCCCAGAAAGAGGCAGCCAGUGUACCUGGUCGUGCAAAGCAGAUGCCUGAAGUUAGGUUCACCCUGAGGAAGAAGCUUGUGUUGUCACCACAUUGAAAAUGAAGCUUAAUCACCACAAAUCAUGCAAAGACAGCAUACUUAUGUUAUCUUUUUUAUCAUUCUGUUUAUUUUUUUAAUCAUUACACAUCACACAUCAUUAUCUUUUAUAUCAAUGUUAUAUCACAUAUUUUUGUCGCUGAGUAAACCUGUUUUUGUUGUGGGUCCAGGUUAACAUAAACAUAACAUAAGGGAGUAAUUGUUAUGUCCUUUACCUGAGCUACUACAAAGAGAAGCCCUUAAUGCAAAUACUGGUCACAUUUACAUAACAAAUUAGUUCCUAAUAUAAAAGGAAUUUUUAUUGCCUAUGCAUAUGCAUACUUAGGAUACUUACGUUUGAACACUGUUCCUAAAGCAAUAUUUUUGCCUUCAAGUAAGUUAUUCCUCUUUUUAUAUUCAAACACAACCAGUAAAGCUUUAGUACAUUUAUGAAAAAUGUAAAAUAGAUGCAAAAGAGAUUGUAACCAAAAAGUGCAUGCUAAACAGAAAAACCAUUUGAGGACUGUAGUUAAAAAGAGCCAUCUGCCUAUGAAUGUGUGUUGCCCUUAUUAAUAAAGAUCUGAAAUGAAA